AUGACUGAUCUUGCUGGCAAGUACAAGACUUACAGGUUAAUCAGCCCUUUUAGGAAUGAGAUUUAUACUUGUGACCCUGCUAACGUCAAGCACAUUCUCAAAACAAACUUUGACAACUAUGGCAAGAUAUAUACAAUAGGGCUACAGUUACUGUUUGAUAAAAGAGGAUUUUAUAAAUCUGCAUAUUUUGUUGAUGGGGAUAAGUGGCAGGGGCAGAGGAAGUUGUCGAGCCAUGAGUUCUCCACAAGGGUCUUGAGGGAUUUCAGCAGUGUGGUCUUCAGAAAAAAUGUGGCAAAGCUAGCUCACAUAUUGUCUGAAGCUGCCAAUUCCAACACAACAGUUGACAUUCAAGAUCUAUUCAUGAAAUCAACUCAAGAUUCAAUAUUCAGAGUUGCCUGUGGAGUUGAGCUAGACAACAUGUGUGGUUCAAAUGAGGAGAGCAAAAAAUUUGGAGAUGCAUUUGACAAUGCUAAUGCAAUGAGAAAAACUGACCAGAUGACUAUACCAGAAGCUGAAUUAUCUAUAGAUGCUUAG